AUGGAAACGACAACGGAUGACCAACAAAAUGAACGGCAACGAACCUUGACACAGCUGAAAAACACGGAAAUGGAAUUUUAUCGAAUGCAAUUGGUGUCCCAUUGGAUCAUCCUCUGCUUCGCCCUUAGUGAAUCCCUCCUUGCCAUUAUCGUCUAUUCCAGCAGCUUCCUUGAGUCGGAUUUUCUCUACAUUUUAGUCUCAUGUUUAUAUGGUGCGCAAUCAUUUCUACUCGACAUUUAUUGUAAAUCGUGUGAAAAACAAAUUAAGAAAAAGUUAACUUUUCUCUAUACUUUGCUAUCGUCAAGUUUAAAUCCGGCCAUUGCUAAUGAAAAGGCAAAAAUUGAAACAAUUUUACGAGACGAUUGCUCCAUUUCUGCAUAUGGGGACUUGCUUCUUUUACGAGUGUACAUAGGAUACAUCGUCCUUUGCGCCAGGGCACCGUUUUGCAACUGGGCCAUAGUUUUUGGGUUUUUGAUUGAUCUAUCCACUAUUGUACGGCUUCUUUUUUCUUUCAAUCAUACAACGUGGAAGCUUACCCAUGGAGCGGUAAUGGAAAUAUGCCAUGUCAUUAGGGCUAUUAGGAGAAAGAUUGCUUCAACAAGACCUUCAAGGAAUCGAGCU